GUUUUUUCACUCCCGGUGUUGACUUUGAUCAGAUCGGCGCCGGAAAUGGGCAUCACGAGAAUCUUGACAUUCACUUUGGCCUGUGUAGCUUCACUCUCAGUAGUCAAAGCUCUUCCCCACGAACCAGAACUCGGUUCCGCUCGUGUCGUCUUCCAGACUAGUUAUGGAGAUAUCGAAUUUGGAUUCUAUCCCACGGUGGCACCAAUAACGGUGGAUCACAUCUUCAAGCUUGUUCGUUUAGGUGGCUACAACACUAAUCAUUUCUUCAGGGUUGAUAAAGGCUUUGUAGCUCAAGUUGCAGAUGUGCCUAAUGGAAGAUCAGCUCCAAUGAAUGAGGAGCAAAGGAAAAUAGCUUACAAGACUGUUCUUGGAGAGUUCAGUGAUGUUAAGCAUGUUAGAGGCAUUCUUUCUAUGGGAAGACAUGAUGAUCCAAACAGUGGAGGAUCUUCGUUUUCGAUGCUUCUUGGUGAUGCUCCUCAUCUUGAUGGAAAGUAUGCUGUGUUUGGUAAAGUGACUAAAGGAGAUGAAACAUUGAGGAAGCUUGAAGAAGUUCCCACUCGCCGUGAAGGGAUCUUUGUAAUGCCGACGGAGAGGAUCACCAUUUUGUCGACAUACUAUUACGACACUGAGAUGGAGAGCUGUGAAGAGGAGAGAUCUGUCCUGGAAAGAAGGCUUCAAGCAUCUUUUCUUGAAGUUGAAAGACAGAGAAUGAAGUGCUUCCCGUGA